GUGGAGAGGAGAAAAGUUGCAGCCCGUGCUGACACACAGUUACAUGUUUUGCCCCAGACCCUCCUUGGGCUCAGAGACAGAGCAGUGACCAUGGCCACACUGGUGCUGUCUCCUGUGCCCUGCCACUGGCUGAUGUUCCUGCUGCUGCUCCUCUCAGGUGAGCCAGUACCAGCGAUGACAAAGAGUGACCAGCCACCGAUUUUCCAAGGAAGCCCUUGUUCCAAGAUCUGGCAGCACCCGAGGUUUGCAGCCAAAAAGCGGAGCUCCAUGGUGAAGUUUCACUGCCACACAGACUACUCAGGUGUCAUGACCUGGUUCCGGCAGAAAGGGAACCAGAGGCCUCAGGAACUGUUCCCAGAAGACGGACACAUUUCGCAGACCCGGAAUGGCUCUGUCUACACCCUCACUCUCCAAAACAUCCAGUAUGAGGAUAACGGCAUCUACUUCUGCCAGCAGAAGUGCAACAGCACCGAACCUGAUGUUACCGAUGGCUGUGGCACGGAACUUCUAGUCUUAGGAUUCAGCACGUUGGACCAACUGAAGCGGCGGAACACGCUGAAAGAUGGCAUUAUCAUGAUCCAGACCCUCCUCAUCAUCCUCUUCAUCAUCGUCCCCAUCUUCUUACUACUAGACAAGGUGCCCACUGGAACUGGGGAGUGGGAGGAGCUCUGGAAGGCUGGGAGGUUGGCACAGGGCAGACAGGACCUGGGCGGGGUCCCCAUAUUCUCAGACUCUGUGGCUGCUCAUCCAGCUCCAAGCCUGUCCAUUGGCUCACUGUUCGUUCAUUCAUUUGGUCUUGGAGACUCCUUCCCUCUUCCUCUCCCCCACCCUGACCCACAUCCCUGGCCCAUCAGGGGGCAGAGAUGGAGGACCCUAACCCUCUGAACUGCAUUCUCUCCCCACCCUACCCCCACUCUCCUGCAGGAUGACAGCAAGGCCGGGAUGGAAGAGGACCACACCUAUGAGGUAAGGGUCAGGGUUGCUUAGCAACUGAGCUGCAGCGUCCACCCUUUGUUGUGAUGCUUAGAACGAGGCCCAGAUCUGACCUCCCAUUUGUGUUCCUAGGGCUUGAACAUUGACCAGACAGCCACCUAUGAAGACAUAGUGACUCUUCGGACAGGGGAGGUAAAGUGGUCUGUGGGAGAGCACCCAGGCCAGGAGUGAGGGCCACCUCCAUCCUGCUCAACUCUUGGGCCUCACUGUUUCCAAACUGCCUGGCUCACAGUCUGUUCCCUGCUUCCUGGAUACCCUGGCCAGCAUCUGAAGUUGGACCAUCAAUGUCACCUCUCUUUCUAGCCUCUGGUCCCCAGCUCUUGCUGAAGGGCCCGGGGUAGAAGGACAAUAGGGUGGUGGCAUGGAGUAAGGAGUUCUCUGGGGGAUAGACUUGACCCAAGGCUUCUGGAAAUGCUAUGCAGUUUCUGUCCCCAUGUUUGGGACAGGAAAGCAGAGACUUGUUGGAAUCUGCAAAUGGACUCAGCACAUUGGCUUCCUGAGGAGUCCGGGAAGGACCACGGUUCACAGUGGCACCUAGAAGGGAAUGCCAGAAUGCCACUUCUCCCUCUCAUCCCAGGGAUCCCCUAAAGCCUAUAGCCCAUCCUCCUGUGGAAUAAACAGCGUAUCUGACACCAGA